AUGACCAUCCCGUCGCUAUUGGACACCGACUUGUACAAGUUGUACAUGCACGCCACCGUGCAUCAGCACUUCCCCGAGGCCCACGUCGUCUACACCCUCACCAACCGUACGCCGGCGAUGGACUUAAACGACGAGGCCAUUGCUUGGUUAAAAGCGGAAAUCUUGAAGCUUGGCGACCUUCGCUUCACUGAAGACGAAAUUGACUACUUGACCAAAACACUCCCGCAGUUACCCCAGGAAUACCUCACUUAUCUCAAAACUUUCAAAUUGGAUCCGCAAUCACAGGUGAAAUACCACCAGGGAGCCGAUGGUGAGUUUGCUCUUACUAUUGAAGGGUUAUGGCAGGAUACUAUACUUUACGAGAUCCCCGUGUUGGCGCUUAUCUGCGAAGCGUACUUCAAGUUUGUUGAUACUAAAUGGACCUAUGAUGGCCAGUAUGAGCGAGCAGCUGAGAAGGGGCAACAGCUUCUCGACGGUAAGUGUGUGUUUUCCGAGUUUGGUACUCGUCGCCGCCGUCUGUUUGAAAACCAGGAAACUGUGGUGAAAGCACUUAAAGAGACUACUGCCGCUGCCCCUGAAGAAUUACACCGCUAUUUCCUUGGUACGUCCAAUGUCUACUUUGCCAAGAAGUUUGGUCUUGCUCCCAUUGGUACUGUGGCUCACGAAUGGUUCAUGGGAGUGGCUGCCAUUACUCAGGACUACGUCCACGCAAACCGCAACGCCAUGGACUUGUGGCUUCAGACUUUUGGUCCCAACUACGCUGGGCUUGCGCUUACCGAUACUUUCGGCACCGAAGACUUCUUAAAGCUGUUUGUUCGCCCCUAUACUGACUACUACACCGGGGUGAGACAAGACUCGGGUGACCCUGAACUCUAUGCGGAGAAGAUCGCCGCCCACUACCAGCGGCUUGGCUACCCUGAAAACACUAAAAUCAUCUGUUUCUCAGACUCAUUGACGGUGGAAAAGUGCAAGCAGUAUAAGAAGAAAGCCGACUCCUUAGGGUUGCUCACACUGUUCGGGAUUGGCACUUAUUUCACUAACGAUUUCGACAACCUGAAGCCGAUGAACAUUGUGAUUAAGCUUAGCGAAGCCAACGGCCACCCUGCCGUCAAGAUCAGUGAUAACAUCGGCAAAAACACUGGCGAUCCCGCGACGGUGGCUCGCGUGAAGCAGGAGUUGGGCUACACUGAACGGUCGUGGGCCGAGGGCGACGAGCUGAAGCGGUGGUGA